AUGCCUCCUCCUCCCCAGCACGGUGGUGCCGUUGGGCCCUCCAACUUUGACAAGUUCAAGAUGGGUGCCAUGAUGGGCGGCACUGUCGGGUGCAUCAUUGGCUUCAUCUUCGGAACCGUCAACAUCUUCAGAUAUGGUGCCGGCCCUAACGGUAUCAUGAGGACAUUGGGCCAGUACAUGCUCGGUUCGGGCGCGACCUUUGGCUUCUUCAUGUCCAUCGGCAGCGUCAUUCGUUCCGACUCCUCGCCCAUCGUCGCCGAGGCCUAUUACCGUGCCCAGAGGAGGCCCAUGAUUAUGGCCGCCCAGGCCUUCCGCCCCGCCUACUACCCGACUCGUCGCUCCGACUAA